AGCAACUUUCCAAGCAGUGCCGUUCGAAAUGAACGAAGGUGGUGGGAGUUAGUGGUUAGCGCUGAAGUAGUUGUUUGAUGCUCCAAUUCUAAUAAUGGUGAAUCCCCUCAGAGUGAACAACAACAACAAGCGUGGUGUGCUUGCUCGUUUGAGAACCUUCAUCAACUCUCAGGGCUUUCACUCCCCUGCGCCCAGAGGACCAGUGCAAGAUCAAUCCUCUCCAGAAAAGGGCUCCGAUUACUCCAUUUACCAAGGCCGCAUUGAUGUCUCGAAAUGGAAGACUUUGGAUGCAAAGAAGCUUGGUGUAACUAGUUCUAUGAUUUCACAUCCAUCUUGGCUUGUCCUGAAACUUCUUCGGAGCAAAGGAUUUGAAUCCUAUUUAGUAGGUGGGUGUGUGAGAGAUCUACUACUUAAUAGAACUCCAAAAGAUUUUGAUGUUAUCACAACAGCAGAGCUUAUGCAGGUGAGAAAGCAGUUUCGACGUUUAGGUCGUGCUCAAAUUGUUGGACGACGUUUUCCAGUAUGCUUGGUCCAUAUAAAAGGUUCUGUAGUUGAGGUAACCAGUUUUGAGACAUUGGCACGAACUUCCAAUGGUAAGGAAAAGAUUUUAUAUUCUCUGUUGCCCAAAUGCAGUAAUAAAGAAGACUUAUUUCGCUGCAAAAACUCCUUGAGCAGGGACUUCACAAUCAAUAGUUUAUUUUAUGACCCCUUUGCCAGUAAAAUCUAUGAUUAUACCAAUGGAAUGGCCGAUUUGAAAUCCUUAAAGCUUGAAACCGUUAUCCCUGCUCAGCUGUCCUUUAAAGAGGAUCCUGGAAGAAUUUUGCGCGGCUUCAGAAUUGCAGCUCGUCUUGGUUUAUCAUUAUCAAGAGAGACUGAGGAUGCAAUAUGGACAUAUUCUUCACUAGUUAAGAGCUUGGACAAGAGCAAAAUAAUGAUUGAAUUGAACUAUAUGCUGUCAUAUGGAGCUGCUGAAACAUCUCUGCGCCUACUUUGGAAAUUCAAAUUGCUUGAAUUUUUCCUUCCUGUACAUGCAGCAUAUCUCGAUGAGCAGGUGAUUGAAGAAGAUGCUCAGCCUUCCAAUAUGUUGAUGAAAUUAUUCUUCCAUCUGGAUAGUUUGGUUGCAUGUGAUCGACCUUGUGAUUGCAUUGUAUGGAUUGGAUUGCUAGCAUUUCACUUGGCAUUAGUAAAUAAUCCUCAAGAUGCUCUUGUAGUGUGGGCAUUUGCUUCUGUUCUACGUCAUGGGGAGUGGGAAGAAGGUGUUAAAUUUGCUAAAGAAUGUGCAAAGUCAAGUGUUAAUUUUGCACCUGAAAUAAGAACGUCCAGUAUAUACAAAUCAGAUGAAGAAAUUGCAAAAGCAGUCACUAAAUUGGCAUCUUUGGUGAUGCACUCCAUACCCGCUCUGGUUGAAAAUAAUAGUCUUGUUCAGUUCAUGUCUAAAUACCCAUCUUUUCCAAAAUCUGGCAUGGUAUUUGUGUCAAGGAAAACAGCAAAACUUGUUUCUGCAAUUUUUAAAGCGAUGGCCAAUGAUGUUGAAUUUUUCAAGAGUGAAAGAAGAAAAAAUUCAAAGAUAAAUUAUGCCUUGCUUGGGAAGGGCGACCUUUCAGAGACUGGAUUUGUUUUGGGUAAAAUUAUUCUUCAAACUAUGAGUAGUGGAAUUGUUGGGGAUGGGGAGGAUUAUGAAGCUGAAAAAUGUCACCUUAAGACUGCGGGCACUGAAGAAAUUGGUCAGUUGCAACUUUCAGAUUCAGUAAACCAUCAAUUGGUGGCAAGGAAUGAAGAAGAACAAGUUCUAUCCACACCAAAUCCAGAAUAUAGGCAAGAAAAAAUCAAGAAACAGAAAUUGGUUGAGAAUAGGUGUAUUGCAGAGGAGAAAAUGAGCUCAGGGAAUUAUGAUUUGUUUGGGAAAAUUGAAUACAAAGAAAGUAAUGAAGAGUACCAGAAGCUAGUUGAGUUAACCCAGAAGGUUGAUCUAUCUAGGACAAAGGACACUUCACCAAAAAGGAAAAAUUAUAACAGAAAAAAGCUGAUAAAUGAUAGGAAGAAUAUCAUUAAUGCCAAUAAAAGCUCUUCAGACCAAGCUAGGCAUAUGAAGAAGAUAGACGAACACAAUACAUGUACUCCACCACAAUCUACAGUGUCUGAGAAUCAUCAGGUGAUAGCUAACAACUACAACAUAGACGAGGAUGAAGAGACAGCAAGUGAGUCAGUUUUAAAGAAGAAAAGACCGCAUUCAUCACUUGUUGACAUCUUCAACAGGAAAGAAAGAAAAAAACCACAUAAAAACAAGCAUAGUGUGCCACAACUCCCAGUCUCCAAGUGAUGAAUGACAAAUUUUGGCGGUAGAAAAUAUUUUAUUUCCCCCAGCGGAGUUCAAAGACGAAAUAGGAAGCAGAUGAUAUUCUUGCUAGGCCUUUGGCUAAAAGCAGGAUCAGCCUCUUCUCCUUUUUCCGAUUGAAACUUAGGGGUUCAAAACUAGGCAUCCAGUUUCUUAGAUUGUUCUUAUGCUUGUACUUUAUAAGGCUCUCCCGGGUCUGUAUGUUGUCACCAUUGGGAGAUACCCCUUUCAUCCACCUUUUAUUGUGACAAAAAAGAGGGAAAAGUGGUUUUUCAGGUAUCCGCAUGAACUGCA